CCAGCGUCAUUGCUGUGUGAGGUCUGCGACUGCACGACGUCCUCCGCGUGCCGUGGUGGAGGUCGGAACCCAUUGCGCACUGACGCCGGGACAGCGCAGCGGAACCCGGGAGGGGACGGAGGAGGGGCCAGGGACUCAGCAGCCUCGCGAGCCGGCCCUGGGCGCGCACGCAGGAUGCCUGAGCCUGCCCGGAGACCGGCCUUCGGGGCAAAGCGAGACUGAGGACCGAGCGGAAGUCCUGCCCUCAUGAGGACGGCCUUCUGGCGGGAGCACAGGUGCGAACACACAGGUAAGCGAUGCGAUUCCAGGCGGGAAGCGGUGCCGGGAGGAGCGAUCGCAGCAGGUAGGGGGGCCGCGCGCGGUGGAGGCGGUGGGAACAGCCUGGUCUGGGCGGGCGCGCGAGAACGUUCCGGCGCAUCGUGGGCCGCAGCCCUCCUGCCAGGCGGGCGCCUGGUGCCGGUUCACCGGCUGUGGUCUGCGGACACUGGGUCGCGUGCCCGGGCGCUGAGGACAAUAGGCCCGCGCUGUAAACUUCCUGAGCAAAAAAUGCUCCCGCCGGGAACUUCCCCACGCGCAGCCGCUGCCCUCGGGUGUGGGGAGCGGCCGCCCGCAGAGGCCGGAGGCCGGGCGAGCACCGGCGUUCCGGGAAGGCGAGGCCGUGAGCGACACAGAGGAGGGAGUGGACGCAGGAGCCACGCGGCCACCUGGAGAGGGACAGCGGGGCGGCCAGACCAGAAGGCGGCCUGGGAGGAAAGUCCGGGAAAAAUAAGCGUUGAUGUCGGGGCAGCCGAGGAGGCUCCGGAGCGUGGAAAAGCAGAGCCCCUUUCAACUCCACCCUGGCGUCAGCCGGCCGGGACUGGCUCCACCGGCCGAGCCAGGAGCCAGGGUGAAGCCAGACGUUGGCUGCUGCGCACGCGAUCCUGGAGCGCGGCGCAGCGCAGGGCCCGGCGGCUGAGAGCCGGUUCUUGGGAGAGUCCUGCCCGCGCCAGCGGCCUUCCCUGCAGCCGAGCGGCCCCUGGGAUGAAGGACAGGUGGAGGGGGGGGCGGCGCGGAGGGGCCGCGGAAAAGACGCCAUGACACAGCACGGCAGCAGGUGGCUCACACACGCGCCCGAGCUCUGUUCUAGGUUUUUGUUGUUGUG